UCCCAAUAUUGUGAAUGUAAAAAGAUAUGCAUGGGCUGCAAUACAGAUUGAAUAAUGUCAUCAUUAUCUUGUAGAGUUUCAGGCAGGAACCCUUCUAACCAUGGACAUCUUAAGGGGAUGACUUAGACAGCCCCAGUGGAAUUCCUGCAACGUCUGUCUAAAGGAAUUUGUCAUCUGGAAUCCCUCCCCCUCUCUUUCCACUGUUCUUAGAGCUUAAAUUUUUUCAAAGUUUAACUUUAAAAGGGGUGUGGAAUUUAUGAAUAGCCUUUUGGAGUAGGAAAACUGAAACAAUGAAAAACUAGUUUUUACCACACACACUUCUCUGUAAAGUGCAAAAAUUAAUGAAAAGGUAAAAAGAAAAAAAAAGUUAUGUUUCAAAAAUAGUUUUGUUUGAAAGUUUUCUUUCUUGUUGUGUUAAAUUCAAGCUUAAAUAAAAAUAAAUUCAUUUUCUUGCUCCGGUCUUAUAGUGAUUUGGCUAUUGAUACAUUUUUGUUUUUAAAAAUUUGAUUACCUGUAUGUUUUGGGAAAUUUAGAUUACCUGUCUGUUUAGGGAAAUUUAGAUUAUCUAAAUGUUAAGAGAAAUUAGAUAAUCUAUUAGAUUUAGAAGAGGGCUUACUUUCUUGCUAAAAUGGUAAAAUUAAAAUAACAGGGGUUUUGUUUUAGAUGUCAUCUUUAGGAACGUUCAUAAUAUUAUAUGUAAAUUGGUUUGGUUUGGACAUCAUAUGCAAUAAUUAUAUCUCUGAAUUUAAAUAAUGGUGUAAGUUGAAGAAACCUUAUUAAUUAUUUCUAAAAAAUUGUCAAUUUAAUAUUCUUAAGAAAAACUUAUUUAUUAAUUUUAUUAUUAUGUUAAUAUGUUAAGCGAAACUUUGAAUGGGAGGGCACAAAAAGAUGACUACAAAUGAAUAAUUUCAAUAAAAUUUCAUGUAAUAUUUAUUGAAUGUGCCAAAGUAUCUCAUGAAGGAUUCAUCAUUUCACAUUUGCCAUUGGCAGUUUUUUACUAAAUAAAAAAAAAAAAAGAUUAAUUUUUUGCAAUAGUCGGUUAUAUAUAUUCUCUUCAACAGGCUGUUAGCCUCAAUAAAUCACUUAAUGCAGUUUUAUUGUGCUCCUCUCUCGGAUCACAAGUACUCAAGUACUUUAUGUGUGUCUAUAAUCAUUUAUACCUUGUAAUAUAGUCCAAAUAAGUUGACACUCUGCUUUUUGGGCAAUGUUCUUCCCAAUUGUCACCUUCUUAGAACAGUAUUAAAAUUUAGAGAGCGCACAGUUCUUUUUUUAUUUGCUAAAUCAAGGCUGCAAUGAUUUGCAGAAAAACUAGAAAAUGAUCCACAAUCACAAACAUUUUUAUAUUAUUUUUUUUUCUACCUACCCAGGAAAAGAAGCCUUCCCAUUGCCAGCAGGCCUCACAGAGCUCGGUCGCCAUGGGUUACAAGUACACUAUUAUCUACUCCAUCAUCUCUUGUGUCACAUUUGUUUUCAUGAUAGUAGUAGAUCUGAUCUUCAGGAUUUUAUACAAAGGGAAAGGACAAAGAGUAACCACCGUGACAGAUCCUCUUUUGUUGCUACCAGCUUCGGUGCUGGCCCAGAAGAUACGCAGCAGACAGGUCAGAUUUUAAAUCUCCUUCUGUAAUACAUGUUUUAUGAUGUAAUGCUGUUGCAAUAAAAAAAGUCAGUUUAUAUUGCAUUUCUAGUAUGGAUUUGAAUCAUUAAAGGAACCUUUCAUUGCAACCCUUGGAUUCUUAUUGUAUAGUUUUUUAUAUUGAACUAAAUUUGAUAGCUUUACAAUAUGGCAAUUAACAUAAUAUAUCUAAGGGCGAUUAAAAUCUUGAUGUAUUUAACUAAUGGCGGAUUUUAAUGUCUUUUCAGUAAUAUAAAGUGUUUUUUGGUUUAUUUACAUGAUUAAUGCAGCUUAGAGCGGAAGAUGUCAUGGCAGCUUACAUAGCGAGGGCCAAGGAAGUGAACACGCUUGUCAAUGCAGUAGUAGGAGAGCAGUAUGACACAGCCUUGCGUCGGGCACAGGAGCUGGACAGCACUCUAGAUUCUCUGUCGAAUGAAGAAAUUAUGCAGCAGUACUCUGAAGACCAAAAACCACUUCUUGGCGUCCCCUUAACUGUAAAAGAGGCUUUUUAUUGGACUGGUAAAUAGCAGAUAUGAUAAUACAUCAAUCACAACUCAUUUGAGCAAAUUAAAAUUAUUUCUUUUUUAUUAUUUUGCAGAGAUUCAAGUUUUGUGUGGAAAUUUGUUUUUUUAAAAGGAACAUUCUCCUUUAGGUUUUUUUAUAACUAUCUUUUAGGUGCUCUUGCAUUAAAUUUUUAGAAUGUUAAUCCUGAGACAUCUGAAAGUUAUUCAUUUUUUGCAAGCUGCAUGCUGAAAAAAAAAAUGUAAAGUUAUCUGAAUGAUUCUGUGUAGUUCUACCUUUUAAGUUUCUACCUUGUUUUGUCUGUAGGCAUGGCUAACACAUCGGGAGUAACAAGCCGCAAACAUCUGAGAUCAACCCACGAUGCCCCCGUUCUGGCCAACCUUCAGUCUGCUGGUGCCAUCCCAUUCUUGCAGACCAACAUCAGUGAGGUGUGCAUGUGGUUUGAGUCAUCCAACUAUGUGUAUGGCUGCACCAACAAUGCUUAUGAUACAACUCGCAUGGUUGGAGGAAGCUCAGGUAAAACAGUUGGAGUUCUCUCAAUGAAAAAAGAAAUUGCCUUUAAUUUUUUAACGCAUUUGGAAUGUUUAUUACAAAGUUACACAUGGAUAUAAAUUUGAAGUUUCCAUAGCAGGCCAAAUAUUUAAUUUAUACCCAGUUCUCUGAAUUAAGUGGUUGACUGACAAACUGGCUCCUGACAAAAAUAAGCUUACUGAGUUGGCCUCAGUGUUGAUGAAAUAGCUGGCUUCUCAUCAACUAGUUUAGUAUUAUCCUUUAACUUAUCUGAAUGUCAAUUAUUUUAAAGUUUUAUUUUGACAGUUCAAUAACGGAAAAACAUUUAUUUUUAACAAAUUAAGCAUUUACCAAUAUCGCCUUACAUUAUGUGUCUUUUUUCAAAGUACUCUAUUUUGACUACAUGUGAUAUGGUCUUACUUAUUCUUUCUUAACUUCUUGUCAAAGAUUUAUUGUUAUAAUAAAAGGUACAUGUAUAACACAAUCAAUUUAUAUUGAAUUAAUAAUAAUCAAGAAAAGAACAAAAAAACAAUCGGGAAACAAUUCUUGAUAAUUUACCUUUGGAAGAAAUUUAUGAGUUGCAAUGAUCAUAAUGGGAAAUUAUUCUAUGGGUUCAAAUGUAAUUUGAUUUCCUGCAUGUAGAUGUUGUACUCUAUUUCUAAGAUGUUAUACUCCAAAUCUUAGAUGUUAUAAUCCACAUCUUAGAUGUUAUACCCCAUAUCUUAGAUGUUAUACUCUGUUUCUAAGAUCUUAUACUCGAUUUCUAAAAAUUCUUAUCAAAGGUUAUCAGUUUUUUCUACUUGGGGUAAAAUGCAGGUCCCUGGGAGUCAUUAUCUUGAUCCAAAUGUGAUGGAAAAUUAUCGCCCCAUCUCCAAUCUACCAUUUAUUUCUAAAAUCUUAGAAAAAGUCGUUCUCCGCCAACUCCAGGAUCACCUCACUCAGUUUAACUUGUUUGAACCAUUCCAGUCAGCAUACAGGGUGCAUCAUUCUACUGAGACAGCCCUGUUGCGCGUCGUAAACGACCUUCUGUCGUCUUGUGAUGAGGGCAGGGUAUCGAUUUUGUCUUUACUCGAUUUAUCGGCAGCUUUCGAUACGCUCGACCACGGCAUACUGCUCCAGCGUCUGCAACAAACGUUCGGUCUCACUGAUACCGUCCUGUGUUGGUUCCGAUCGUAUCUGACUAAUCGGGUCCAGUCGGUUAUUUCAAACGGCUUGACCUCGAAGAAAUCUAAUCUCGAAUUCGGAGUACCCCAGGGCUCGGUCCUAGGCCCGGUGCUUUUCACGAUGUACAUUCAGCCCCUGGGCGCAGAGAUCAGGCAGUUUGACAUGUUGUAUCACAUGUACGCGGACGAUACACAACUUCAUCAAUCCGUGAUCCCUUCUCAGUUCCCUCAGCUGCUCAGUAUGACACAGAAGACAAUGGAGUCGGUUAAGCACUGGAUGACCAUAAACAAGCUCAAAUUAAAUGAUGAUAAGACUGAGCUGCUCCCCAUCGCGACCGCUCAGAAGCAAAAAUCUGCAAAUAACACGACAUCCAUUACUCUCUCAGGUGUGCGUAUUGAGUUAGCUCAAACAGUGCGGUACCUGGGUGUCUACCUAGAUAGAAGACUAACUUUUGAAAGUCAUAUUAACAUGCUAUGCAGGGCGAUUUUUCUGGAGCUGCGCAGGAUUAGUCAAAUCAGGCCCUUCCUAACAAUUGAUACAACAAAGAGGCUGAUGUCUGCAUUUGUGCUAUCACGCAUGGACUAUUGCAAUGCUCUCAUGGUGGGUCUUCCAGCUACGCUCCUGGAUAAAAUUCAAAUAGCACAGAAUAAUGCGGCUCGCAUUGUUCUCCGCAAACGCAAGUUUGACCAUGCAAAAACACUUCUGAGAGAGCUGCACUGGCUGCCAGUGCGUGCUCGCAUGGAGUACAAAAUCGCAACUUUGUGCUACCGCUGCUUACAUGACCUGGCGCCGUCCUAUCUGAAAGAGCUGCUGACGCCUUAUGUACCCAGUAGAGAGCUCCGCUCAUCCGAUAGUGGCAAACUCUCGACACCACGUGUUUGCCUUGAGACUUACGGAAAGCGCACUUUCGCAUUUGCUGGUCCAACAAUUUGGAACGCCCUUCCUGUCGAUCUUAGAAACAACCAGACACUGGAGUCCUUUAAAACCGAUCUAAAGACACAUCUAUUUCGCAAAUACCUUCUGGGAUGAUUGUCUACCUUAUUUUCCAGUUAAUGCAUAAUGGCUGUGUUGCUUAUGGUUGAAAUGGCUAGAAAGACUUUGCCAUUGUAUGCUUGUACUUAGUUUUUGUCGUGUUGCGUUUGUUUUAAAUGUGGUGAAUUAUAGAUAUUUUUUGUUGACUUUGUACCGCGCUUCGAGCCUUUGGGGAUGAAGCGUGUUUUUGAAAUGAACUUUAUUAUUAUUAUUAUUAUUAUUAUUAAAUUUAUUGAGUUUUAAAAGAUUUAAGUUGAUUAUUUUCUUUCAAUAAAAAUUUAAACACAAAAUGUGUGCUUGUUUCAGCUUAGCCCAUUUUCAUCUCACUCAAGACGCAUUUUAAAAUAAUUGUAAGUUAUUCUUUUAAAUGCGUCAAUUGCCAGAAUUUCUGUUUUUAUUUUUUGACCUGGUGUUAUCUCUGAAAGGCGGUGAAGGCUGUAUCCUGUCGACUGGUGCAUCUGUCAUUGGGAUUGGCUCAGAUAUUGGUGGAAGCAUUCGUAUGCCUUGUUUCUUCAAUGGUGUGUUUGGCCACAAACCAACAGGAGGUAUGCCAUUUUAACACUGUGUUGUAGGUGCUCAUCAUGGAUGGGCAUUCUGUUAGCCUUUUAACAUUUCUGACCUUAAAGAAGAUAGAAGUGAGGUUAUUCUUUAAACAUUGAGAAUCAUCAUUAUGGUGUGGGUUAUCAAACUUGCAGCCUGCAAGCAGAUUUUUGUGUUAAAAGUGUCACAAGUUGUGAUUUUGAAAUAGAAAAAUGUUAAAUAAUGACUCAUCAUGUGGGUGGUUGGUGGACCUUGAGCUGACAUUGAGUCAUUCUUAUUUAGGAAGUUCUUGAAUCAACUGUGGGAAUUUUUUUUACAAAGUUAUUUCAUUUUGUAAACAAGAAGAGUUACAUGUUUCCUUGAUGCACUGUAUGAAAUCUUAACAUGCUUAUGUACUGAUCUUGAAUUACACAUAUUUCAUUUUUCAAGACAGAAACAUGAUAUUUCUCUUAGUGCACCCAAUAAAACAAAUAAAAUUAGAAAUUUAGCCCUGAAGAAAGGGGUCAAGGAACAAAAAGGAAAAUUAAAAUGAUUUUACUUAAUAAACUUUUGCCCAUUCUUAUUCUUUUUUUUAAAUUUAUGUUUGGGUUGGAUGCAUACAUAUAUUUAUACUUACAUAAAUGUUUUUUUUGUUGUACUGACGAAGGCAUUGGCCGAAACAUUUGCAUUUGUAUUUUGUGUAACUAUUAUUAAAGCUUACCCAAUAUUGCAUUAUUGACACAAAUUGUUUGUGUUUCAUUAAUCUCCUUGAAAAUUUUGUCGCAGUCCAACACUCUUAUUAUAAACAUUAUAAUAAAUCAUUAUAGAGCAUUUGAAUUUUUUGUUAUCUAGGAGUUGUGGAAAAUGGUGGUCAGUUUCCAAUAGCAAGUCCAACAGCCAUGGCACUGCUAGCCACCGGACCCAUGUGCCGCUAUGCCACUGAUCUUAUCCCCAUGUUGAAGGUCAUGGCUGGACCAGCUGGUGUACAACAGCUUCAGCUAGAUACCAAUGUAAGUGUUUGGCCAGAACCUAUUCUUGCCAUCAUUCGUCAUAUGCCCUUCAGUGGUGUGUUAAACAUGGGAAAGGGAUUCAUUUGAUAAGAUAAAAUUAAUUCACAUAAUCAAGUGUGGUCUGACUCUUUUAAUUACACUUUGGGAAGGAGUGGUUACAAAUGACCCAUGAACGUUGGCUGUCUAUAAAUUUCUCAAUUACAAUUUUACAUAAAUUGUGGUAGCGCAAAAUAAAAUGCAAAUUACAGGAAAUUAUUAUCUCCUUGCAUAUUGACCUCCGAUAUUUAUUGCACCAAAGCUGUUAGCGGCGUCACGAAAAGAGGCAUAAAAACUUGCCAAAUGAUUUGACAAGAUUCCAACAUGGCUGACAUAAGUGAAUUAAUUUCAUAAACAUGUUGACAUCUGCAUCGUUUUCUUCGGAAGAAUUGGCUCCUGAAUAUGCCAAUGCUAAAAACGGUACACAUCAAAGUCAUGGUUUCCUCGCUUGAAGCUUGAUGGUUAACAUUUGGCUCUGUAGUUUUUAAUCACUUUCACAUCUGUGCCAUGUGGGCAGCAAUGAAUCAAAGAUCUGUGAGCAUACAGUGCAGAUAAAAUAUCUUUCAUUGACCCUAUGUUACGCUAUCAAAAAUGUGAAAAGUACCCAGACCUAAAAAAAAGGAGAAAAUGAUUUUUUUUAAAAAUCCUAUUUAUAUCCUGUAUCUCUGUUGCAGGUGGAACUAUCCAAACUAAAAGUCAUCUCAGUACCUGACGAUGGAGGCUCACUUUUAGUCAGCAAGGUAGAUGAGGAGUUGGUUGACAUUCAGAGACAGGUAAAAAGUGUACCUGUAUUGGGGAUUCAACUGUUAACUUCACUUAGUGGCCAGUUCACUUUCUAAUAUUGGGGGGAGCUUGGUUGCUGUGGAUUAAAGUUCGAUCUUGUAAUUUUGUUAAAUACAGUGUUUUUAGUUUACAGUUUGAAGUGCAUUCAUUUGUGGCAGCUAUUUAUAGCCUGGUGGUACACUAAUUUAUUCAGUUUGAAGUGCAUUCAUUUUUUGUAGCUAUUUAUAGCCUGGUGGUACACUAAUUUAUUCAGUUUGAAGUGCAUUCAUUUUUUGUAGCUAUUUAUAGCCUGGUGGUACACUAAUUUAUUCUUGUAUAUUUACAGUCAACUUUGUAAAAAAAAAUAUUUAAAAUUGACCCUUAUUUUAAAAAGGGUGCCAUAUUAAUUUUCGAAGCUGAUGCAGACAAAAUAACACGUUCCCUUUUCAUGAAUCCUAGGUCUACACCUUCUGCAUUAAAUAUUAUUUAUUUGAUUGAAUCUAAUGUCCCACUUUCUGUAAAUCAGGUUGCAGAGUACCUGAAAAAAGAAGGGGCCCUCGUAAAGGAAACUCAUAUAAGAAAAUUCCGACUUGGACUCCAGAUGUGGGCAGGGAAAAUGAAUCUGUGCAAAGAUUCCCCAAAGUUCGCCACUCUGAUGUCUGGGAGUGAAACAGAACAUGUCAACUGUUUUCUGGAAGUCUUGAAGAAGCUGACCGGUCAGUCGUCCCACACCGUCCCAGCCAUCGCCCUAGGCUUGGUUAACGACAUCCUCCCCAAAUACACCAAGUCAUCCGAUGACCAAGCCGUUCAGAUUUUAGAAGCCCUGAGAAAAGAACUGCUGGAGCUCAUGGGGGAUGAUUCCGUGCUGCUCUACCCUUCCCACCCCAAGCUCGCACCCUACCACAGCCACCCGAUAUUCACACCUUUUAAUUUUGCCUACACCGCUAUGUUUAAUGCCCUCGGGUUCCCCGUCACCCAGUGUCCCCUCGGCCUCUCAAAAGACGGACUCCCCCUGGGUGUCCAAGUUGUGACCACUCCAUACAAUGACCACCUCAGCCUGGCAGUAGCUAAGAAACUGGAAGAAAAUUUUGGAGGAUGGAUGAACCCAGGACUGCAGCGAAAUCCUAGCCUUAAACAUUAGGAUAUUAUCCUUGUUGAUGCUUAUUUAACUUGAGAAAUGACAAGCAUAAAAUUCCGAAAAUCUGUGAUUUGAAUUCCAUUUAUAAUUCAUACAAUUUUUUAUUCGCCAAUUUACAUUUUUUUUGUUAUUUUGCACUUGUCAGCAAAACAAAUUCUAAGAGGCAUUUUAUAAUCUAAACCAUGACCUGUCAGCAUGCUUACAGUACUCAGAAACAGCUUUGGUGGUGACUGUGCUAGGUGUGUUCAGGCUGGUGUCAUUGAACUUUGCCCAGAUGAAGACACAGUGGUUCUCAAACCAGCUAGAGAGAUUUCUGUGCAAUUCUGCUACAUUCACCGUAGUUGACAUUCCCCAAACAAGUAGCAUCCUGUGAGCUAAUUUUGUCCAGCAAUGCCUUCAAUCAUAUCAUGUUACAUUAACUAGUAUUGUAAAGCUAAACAACUAUUUAAAAAAAAAUUUAAUAGAUACAUUGUUUGUGUCUUUUUUGUGUCUUCUGAAAAAAUGCUUUUUGCCAUUGUGCUCACUGCUUUCUUCUGUCUUUAGAAUAGCCUUUUCUGAUCUGUUGAACUUUUUUUUAUGUUUGAAGAAAGAUAAAUGGAUUUGUUUUCAAUGCCCCCUGUGUGUUUAAGACUGCCUUAUGACAACUUUUGCCUACUGUAGACACUUUCUGUUUCAUAAAUUCAACUUUACAGCAAUUGUGCUAAUUUUUUUUUCUCUACAGAUUAAAUGUUGGCCUUGUAUGUUGUUGAGCUUUGUUUUUUAUGGUAAAUGUCAAUGAAAGAUUGAAACUCAGCUGAUAUUAGACAAUUUAUUGAGCUGUACACAUCAAAGUUUAUUGAACUUAAUUUAUUGAUUGAUCUAUGUUAAAUAAUUGUAUAGUUGGUCUCAGUGAUGACAAGUUUUGUGCGAUGUUGAGAAAUAAUGAUACCAUGAGCAAUUGAAUUGAAUUAUAUCAUGAAUAAUUUGAUGAAAUGAUAUGAGUUAAAGAAUAAAAUUAUAUCAUGAGUUAAAGAAUGAAAUUAUAUUAUGAGUUAAAGAAUGAAAUUAUAUUAUGAGUUAAAGAAUGAAAUUAUAUUAUGAGUUAAAGAAUGAAAUUAUAUCAUGAGUUAAAGAAUGAAAUUAUAUCAUGAGUUAAAGAAUGAAAUUACAUCAUGAGUUAAAGAAUGAAAUCAUAUCAUGAGCAAUUGAAUGGAAUUAUAUCAUGAGUUAAAGAAUAAAAUUAUAUCAUGAGUAUUAGAAUGCAAUCAUUGUGCUCCAUGUAAAGUUUGGAAAUGGUUGCAAGCUGAAGCUUGGUUUGUGGUAUUUGUUUUGUUGAUUUGCAUAUCAUAGAAUCCAGCAGCUGUGAUGAUCUGUACUUAUAUACAAUGGUCCAUUCAAGUGUUUUAUCCAUUUGUCAUUCACAAACAUAUCAAAACUUUGAAUCAAAAAUAAAAGUAAUCAAGUCUGCAA